CGUGGCUGAUGCAACCGAUAAGGCCACCUUAGCUCAGGCUCAGCACAAGAGCACCCGCUUUCUACAGAGACCAGUGCAUAACCUAUGACACCUAGCUAUUUCCUACCUUAAGCAAGCUGAGAAUCUUGACCGUACAGCCGCGAUGACCACGAAAGGCAUCAACUCCAAGUCACCUACAAUCCGCCGUAUCCUGCGCGAAGCCGCUGAACUCUCCUCAACACCCUCCGCCGACUUCCACGCCCUCCCCACAGAAACAGACCUCUUCACCUGGCACUUCACACUUCGCGGACCACCCACCUCCGUUUACUCCUCGGGAAUCUACCAUGGCCGCAUCGUCCUGCCGCCUACCUACCCUCUCCGCCCACCCUCCUUCCGUUUCCUCACCCCCAGCGGCCGCUUCGAGGUGAACCGCGAGAUCUGUCUUAGCAUUAGCGGCCACCAUGAGGAGACAUGGAUGCCCGCGUGGGGUGUGAGAACGGCGCUUGUCGCGCUGCGGUCAUUCUUAGAGACACCAGCUGCAGGUCAGGUUGGCGGUUUAGACACGACGGAUGCGACGCGCCGGCAGCUCGCUGACCAGUCGAGAGGGUGGGCGUGUCAGGGAUGCGGGAAGUCGAACGAGGAGAUAUUACAGGAGAGUGAGGAAGCUGCAAAGGCGUUAGAAGCAGAGGGAAAGGCGAGGCAGGAGGAUACAGUACCAGAUGAACUGAAGCUGGGAUAUAGGGAAGAUAUCGAGAAGGGGCCUGGGAAACCACAAGACAGCGCGGAGGCUAGCAGCGCGCCGAAGAGUUCAGCCGCAGCCGAUGAAAGAACGGGAGACACAGAGGCGGAACUAGCAGAAGGAUUUGUACAAACCGCUCCUCUCAUACCAGUCGAGGCUCCAACUUUCACGCCACCACCUCAGUGGCAACCACAAUACGCCGCCGCACAACCAGGACAAGCAGUACCCACGCCUACAAGCGCAGCACCUGCUUAUGCCCCUGGACCAGCUCCAGUCCAUCGCCAUCAACCCGAUUUCCACGCUAUAGCACAGGGACAUGCAUGGCCUCAGCAACAAAUGCAACAGAUGCAACAAAUGCAGCAGGUCCGACAAAAUCAGCCCGACUGGUCGAACGGGGGCGUGCCACCAUGGGUCGACCGCGCGAUCCUGGGCGUCGUAACUGCGCUGGUUGUCAUGCUGCUGAAAAUUGUUCUUGAGUUGUAGCGAUAAGUGUUGAGGCGGGCAAUUUUCAUUUUAGGACCAUUGUUAGGCGUUAAGGGAUAUCAUAUGGACGAAGGCACAGACGAGCUGGCAUCCACGGGUGUUGGUGAUUGAACGAGCCUUGCGCUGGAGAUGGAAAGCACAGCGUACUUUGUGUAUAUUGGGAUAUAAAUACAUGCAGAUACCAUUUAGAAUUACUUGCGAAUGCGAUAGUUACCAUCCGCUAUCUAUAUAAACGCUUGAAACUGAAGCGCAUAAAUCAAUGAGGUGAUACACCAUCCCAUUACCACACCUUCUUCACCCCCUCUAUAUCAUCAACAUUCAACACCGCAACACCCUCCUCCCACAAAAACUUCCAGAUCUCAUUCCUCACAUGCAUCGGCCACGUCGGCUGAUCCCAG